AUGCUGUGGCGCUUAGGGAGAUUUACCUACAGACGCGGCAGCAAAGAAAGAAUUCAAGCAGCUGUCUUCUCUCCGCCCUUUCCCGUGCAGCAGCAGCAGCAGCAGCAGCAGCAGCAGCAGCUGUUGGCAAUAGCUGUAGCACCAGCAGCACCAGCAGCAGCAGCAGCAGCAGCCUCACCGGAAGCAGCAGCAGCAGCAGCAGCAGUUCCGGCUGCUGCUGCUUUAGCUGCGGAAUAUGCGUCUGUGGUAAGUGAGCUGAGGGAGCUGAUCAACCAUGCAGCAGCAGCAGCAGCAGCAGCAGCAGCAGCAACAGCAGCACCUGCUGCUGUUGCUACUGCUGCUGCUGCUUUGGCGCGACUGCAGCAAGUGCAGCAGAAGUUAUGUGAGCGUCUCGUCUUGCUGCAGCAGCAAUUUAAAGGUCUUCAGGUGUCUGUACACUGCAACGGGCCCGGCGCCGAAGUCUUUGAUGUGCAGAACGACCCGAAGCUCCUCUGGCGGCAGGGGCUUCCAGAUGUCUGCAGCAGCGCGGCCUUCAGCGCGCCUGAUCAGCAGCAGCAGCUGCAGCAGCAGCAGCUGGCUGUGGGGCUGAGUUGUGGAGGACUGCUGCUGCUGGGGGGCCGCGAUGGCUCCCUUGUUGCAUGCAGGAGGAGACACGCGCACUUCAGCAGCAGCAGCAGCAGCAGCAAGGACGCGAAUGUGCUAGACGAUGCAGCCACCGCAGAGCAGCAGCAGCAGCAGCAGCAGCAGCAGCAGCAGCAGCAAUUGCAGCUGGCAGAGCAGCAGCAAGCGGUUCAGAAAGGAGGGGGGGCGCUCUUGGACAGUCCCUUGCUGCAGCAGCAGCAGCAGCAGCAGCAGCAAGAGGUGCAGCUGCGGCUGUUGGCGUUCAAGGCAGAGACUGGCGAGAUGCUGCAGCGCGCUCUGCUGCAGUUAGAAUGGCUAACGGUGCAGCAGCAGCAGGAAAACGAGCAGCAGCAGCAGCAGCAGCAACAGCAGCAGCAGAGUUGGGAGCGAGCAGCAGUUGUGGCGCUGCAGUGGUUUCAGGUAGAGUUGCUGCAGCAGCAGAGCCCUCUGCUUGAUGGAGUUGUAUCUGCUGCUGCUGCUGCUACGCUGCAGCCAGAACCCUUAUGUAUUUCUGCUGCUGCUGCUGCUGCAGCAAGAGAUAUCGUAGGCAGAAGCAGCAACUGCAACAAAAACGGCAGCCGCAACAGCAGCAACAGCAACUGCAGCCCAGGCGGCGGUGCUGUCAUGCUGCAGCCUCCUAACUUCAGCAGCAGCAGCAGCAGCAGCCGUGCAGUGCAGUUCCUGUUGUCUGCAGAUGCUGCUGGCUGCUGCUGUUUCUCUUUAAAGGGGUUGCUGCCGCUUGUUUCGCUGCAGCUGCAGCAGCUGCUUCCUCCUGGAGACACCCCGCUGCUGCAGCCCCAAGUCUCUCGCCACUUCUGCUGCAUGCAACAGCAGCAGCAGCAGCAGCAAGAGCAACACCAACAGCAGCAGCAGCAGCAGGAACACAAGUUGCUGCUGCAUGCGCCAGCCUCCCCAGCAAAAAGGAAGAGAGCCGCGACUCCCUUAACGCCUCGGCUGCAGCGCGUAAAUGGAAGCAGCAGCAACAGCAGCAGCAGCAGCAGCAACAGCAGCAGCAGCAGCAGCUUUGGCUGCAGCACCAAAAGCAGAGAAGGAGAUGAAGGGGCUCUGAACGGCCGAUCGACUCCGCUGCGUCGGAGCCUGCAGCAGCAGCGAGACAUUCCACGCAGACCAGCAGCAGCAGCAGCAGCAGCAAAACCUGCAGCAGCAUCAGCAGCAACAGCAGCAGCUGCUGCAGCAGCAGCAACAGCAGAUGCUGCGCGCACACCCGAUGCUUCGUGGCGCAGCGUCCUUCUCUCGCAGCUUCAUUCUUCUCGCUCUGCUGCAGGAGCUGAAGAGGGGUCUCUACCUUGUUCAGACACUGCAGCAGCAGCAGCAGCAGCAGCAGGGAAGCAGCAAACCCCUUUUACGUCCGCCCCGUUGCGUCAGUUGCUGCAGCAGCAACUGCUGCAGGUUCGCGCUGUCUCUCUGUGCCCGUCUAUGGAGUGUCUCGCCUUCCUGCUUACCCCAUCCGACUCCGCCGCUGCUGCUGCUGCUGCUGCUGCUGCUGCAGAUGGCCGUGUGGGGUGUUCAGAGAGCAGCAGCAAACAGGAUUAUGACGCUCAGCAAGACACCACCACCACCACAGCAGCAGCAGCAGCAACAGCAGCUGCUGCUGCAGCCGUGCCUGCAGUGACAAGCCGAGCUGCGGGCAAGCCUUUGAGGGAGCAGCAGCAGCAGCAGGAGCAGCAGCAACGGCAGCAACAGCAGCAGCUGCUGCAGCGCGGUGGUUUUUUGGUGCUUCUCUCCUUACCUCAGCUGCCGGCGCUGCUGCAGAGCGCUCCUGCUGCGCUGCUGCUGCUGGAGGCAGCAGCAGACGACGCAGCAUUUGCUGCGGCGGCGCUGCAGCAGGUCCAGGGCCUUUGUGCUGCUGCUGCUGCGCGUGCUGCUGCUGCUGCUGCUGCUGAUAGGGAAGCUGCUCCCUCUUUUCAGCUGCUGCAUCCAGACGGUACACUCGUAACUCAGCAGCAGCAGCAGCAAAAGGCUGCAGCAUAUCAGCAGGAGGGGCUGCAGGCAGCUGCGGCCACCCUUCUCCCAUCGAAGACAGAGGCAGCAGCAGCAGCAGCAGCAGCUGCUGCUGCUGCAGCAACAGCGGAACCUGACGCUGCUGGUUUUCCUGCUGCUUCUGCGCCUGGAUUUGCUGCUGCAGAAGCGGGGUGCUUCUCACCUGCUUCGUGCAGCGGGCAGAUAGAAGUGCAGCGGCAGCAGCAGCAGCAACAACAACAACAGCAGCAGCAGCAACUGCCCGAGCAAACACCCUGUAGCUGCAUAAGCGGAAGAGGCUACGCGCCGGAGUCUCUCACGCCCACCUCAGCGGUUCAGCUGCUGCAGAUGACGUUGGUGCUGCAGCGAAGCUUCCUCCCUGCCGUUUGUCGCGCGAGACUCUGGGCAGAUGCAGCAGCAGCAGCAGCAGCUGCUGCUGCUGCCGCUGCUGCUGCUGCUACUCCCUGUUCUUCUGCUGCUGCCGCCGGUUCUGGUGCUGCAGCCUUCUCGACCUUGAGCACCGAAGAAUCUCCUGCAGCAGCAGCAGCAAAUGGAGCAGCAGCAACAGCAGAUGGAGCAGCAGUAGCAGCAGAUGCAGAUACGGCAGCAGCAGCAGCAGCAGCAGCAGCAGCAGCAACGGCAGCAGCAGACGCACGUCAGCUGGUCAGCAACCCGGCGGAGGCUAUUCUUGCUGCUGCUGCUGCGACUGCUACGCCUGCUGCUGCUGCUACGCCUGCUGCUGCUGCUUCAACGCCUUCUGCUGCUGCUGCUGCUGCUGCAGUGACAAAGCCAGUGGGCCUCAUGUUGAAGGGUUUCUGCAUAAGCGGAGGCGCUGUUGUUGCUGCGCUGCAGCUGCCAGAGUUUGCUGCUGCCUCUCCUGCCCACCUGCUGCCGGUGUCUGCUGCUGCUCUAGCAGACGUCGCAGCAGCAGCAGCAGCAGCAGCAGCAGAAAACAAGCAGCAGCAGAUGCGAGACCGCAGCCCUUUUCCUUCCCAACAAUCUGCUGCUGGAGGCUUCGCCGUCUGGUGGGCUUCAAACGCAGCAGCAGCAACAGCAGAAGCAGCAGCAACAGCAGCAGCGCCAGCAACAACAGCAGCAGCAGCAGCAGCAACAGCAGCAGCGCCAGGGGGGCCUUCCGCUUCUGUGCCGACGUGGCUGUCCCGCUGCUGUAUUGACAUUGCUGCUGCUGUUGCUGCGGCUAGGGCUGUACGCAGCAGCAGCAACCACAACAACAGCAGCAGCAGCAGCAGCAACAGCAGCAGCUCCGGCGGGGCACCCCGAGUCGACAGCUGGCAGUUAUCGUUCAGCGCACAAGAGAGCAGCGGCAGCAACCACAGCAGCACCAGCAGCAGCAGCAGCACAGCAGCAAGCAGCAGCAGCAACAGCAGCAGCAACAGCAGCAGCAGCAGCAGCAGCAGCAGCAGCUUUCCUUCUGUUGAUGGGUGGCAGCCAAGUGAUUGUCUCUCGCAGCUGCAAGACAUUUUUGCUGCAAGCGCCAGGGAAGUCUGCGCUGUAGCCGCAUGCAGCAAAGACCCUGUGCUUCUGCUGCUGCAGCAACAGCAGCAGCAGCAGCAACAGCAGCAGCAGCAGCAGCAGCAGCAGGGAGUGCAUGCAAUCAUCAGGAGAUUGCAGGGCUUCUCAGGGUUGCGGGGCUGCACCCCCCGCGAUCUGCGGCUGUCCAUCGAACCC